AUGUCUAACGGGACUCCUGGUGCAGAUGAGCAUCCUCCUCUGAUACCGAGACCUCGAUCUCUCGCACAGUGUCUCUUUGACUCUUCCAAUGGCGAGACACUCUGUGAGCAGAUGGGCCUACCCACUGACGCAUUCAAGAGCUUAGUGGAUAUUUCCCGUAAAUUGGCAUGUCGUUACCUCGAUGCCGGUUUAUCGUGGAAAGAGCAGGAUGGACGGGCCCUAAAGAGAUACGACGAUGAGGUGGGGAAUUUCUAG